AUGGCGCUGGUGGUGCCGCCGGCGCCCGCCGAGAUUCACGCAGAGAAUCGGUCGCAGAGCGAGCGAUCACCUAUGGAGCACAAAUUGGCACUCAGCAAUGCACAAAAUUUUACAUAA